AUGGUCAUCACGGCCAGAGUGGGAACCGGUCUCGUCAAACGAAUCCUUGUCGACACGGGGGCAGACUCAAACAUUAUGUUCCGCAACGUGUUUGACGCACUGGGGCUAAGGGACGCUGACCUGUCGACUCACCAGCACGGGGUCAUUGGGUUGGGCGACCACUUCAUCAAACCCGAUGGAGUAAUAUCCCUGCCGGUCUCAGUGGGACAGGCCCAAGGCCGAAGAUCGGUGAUGGCCGAGUUCGUGGUCCUCCGAGAUUCCACCGCCUACAACAUCAUCUUAGGAAGAAAGACGAUUAACGAUGUUGAAGCGAUAAUCAACACGAAGCUGCUAGUCAUGAAGUUUGUUACCGAUGACAGAUCUAUAGGGUCCAUAAGAGGAGACCUCAAGACGGCAGUCGCUUGCGACAACGCCAGCCUCUCCCUAAGAAAGAAAUCAAAAGAGGCGUCAGGGGUGUUCCUGGCCGACUUAGACGCCAGGAUAGACGACAAGCCCAGGCCGGAACCGGAGGGGGACCUGGAGAAGUUUAGGGUCGGUGACAUGGAGGAGAAGUUCACGUUUGUCAAUAGAAACCUAUCGCAGGAGUUGAAGGGACCCUUAGUAGAAAUGAUCAGGGCCAACGGGGACUUGUUCGCCUGGACGCCAGCCGACAUGCCGGGCAUAGACCCCAACGUCAUGUCGCAUCACCUAGCCGUCAAAACGGAAGCCCGCCCGGUGGCUCAGAGGAGGAGAAAGAUGUCACGCGAAAGGGCGGAGGAGGUGGCCAAGCAGACGGCCAGCCUCCUCGAAGCAGGCUUCAUACGGGAACUAGACUACUCGACCUGGCUCUCGAACAUAGUCCUAGUAAAAAAGCACGGCAUGAGGCUCAAUCCCCUGAAGUGCGCCUUCGCCAUGGAAGUCGGGAAGUUCCUAGGAUUCAUGAUAACGCAAAGAGGCGUAGAGGCCAACCCGGAGAAAUGUCAGGCAAUACUCCAGAUGAAAAGUCCCAGUUGCGUCAAGGACGUCCAAAGAUUGGCAGGUCGACUAACCUCAUUAUCCCAUUUCCUCAGAGCUUCAGCAGCAAAAGCCCUACCUUUCUUUAAUCUCAUGAGGAAAGGGAUAGCGUUCGAAUGGACGCCUGCGUGCAAGGAAGCUUUCAAACACUUCAAGGAAAUCCUAGCAACACCCCCUGUACUCGAAAAGCCAAAGGCCAGAGAGCCAUUAUACCUGUACCUCGCUAUAACAAGAGAAGCCCUCGCUACCGUCUUGAUACGAGAAGAAGGAAGGGCUCAGCAGCCAGUCUAUUUUGUGAGCAGAGCCCUACAAGGGGCGGAAAUAAGGUACAGCAAACUGAAAAAGCUAGCUUUGGCACUCUUGACCAUUUCGAGGAGGUUAAAACAAUACUUCCAAGGCCACCGGAUUGUCGUAAGGACGGACCAAGGAAUCCGACAAGUACUCCAGAAACCCGAUCUGGCAGGAAGGAUGAUGACUUGGUCCAUCGAACUCUCCCAAUACGACAUACGGUAUGAGCCUCGACAAGCGAUCAAGGCGCAAGCGAUGGCAGAUUUUCUAGUAGAGAUAACGGGAGAACCAACCGAAGAGACGGGCAGACGGUGGAGGCUCCACGUGGACGGGGCCUCCAAUCAGACAUCCGGGGGCGCCGGGAUCAUCCUAGAAAGCCCGACCGGGGUCAUAUACGAGCAGUCGAUCAAGUUUGAAUUCCCCGUUUCGAACAACCAAGCAGAAUACGAAGCCCUCAUAGGAGGCCUAGCCCUAGCAACGGAAGUCGGAGCGACAAGGCUGGAAAUAUGCAAUGAUUCACAAGUUGUCACCUCCCAAGUGAACGUGAGCUACCAAGCUAGGGACUCGCUACUACAAAAGUACUUGGAGAAAGUCAAGGAUCUGAGUCGAAAGUUUAAGGAGGUCACGAUCCACCACGUUCCGAGAAAAAGGAACACACGGGCGGACCUCCUAUCGAAGUUGACUAGCACAAAACCGGGAGAAGGCAACCGAUCUCUCAUCCAAGGAAUGAUGAAGGAGCCGGUAGUCACUCUACACCUCUCAAAGCUAAGCCCCUCAUGGUUGGACCCCAUCACCGACUUCUUGGAAAACGACAAACUUCCCGACAACGAAAAAGAUGCUAAGAAGCUGAGAAGGGAUGCAACCAGGUAUGCGAUCAUCCAGGGUCAGUUGUUCAGGAAAGGAUUCAACCAGCCCCUACUGAAAUGCCUGCACCCCGACCAAACGGACUACGUCCUCAGGGAAGUCCAUGAAGGGUGCUGCGGCCAUCACAUAGGAGGCAAAGCCCUGGCAAGAAAAUUAUUCCGGGCAGGGUACUAUUGGCCAUCAAUGAUGGCAGACUCGAAAGAAUUCGUUAGGAAGUGUGUCAAAUGCCAAGAAAAUGCCAAUUUCCACAGAGCGCCGUCCUCCGAGCUAAGCUUGCUAACGUCUUCCCGACCAUUCUUACAAUGGGGAGUUAACCUCUUAGGGCCCUUCCCGGUUGGCCCCGGACAAGUCAAGUACCUUAUAGUCGCCAUUGACUACUACACCAAAUGGAUAGAGGCCGAGCCGUUGGCCAGCAUAUCCUCGUCUAAUUGCAGAAAAUUCAUGUGGAAGCAAGUGAUAACACGGUUCGGUAUCCCGAAAGCCGUCAUCUCGGACAAUGGAACACAGUUCACCGACAAGAAAUUCACGGAGUUCCUCACCGGUCUGGGCAUAAAACAGAGGUUCUCCUCGGUGGAACACCCCCAAACAAACGGACAGGUCGAGUCCGCAAACAAGAUCAUCCUACUAGGACUUAAGAAGCGGCUGGACAAUAAGAAGGGUGCUUGGGCCGACGAGCUCGCCUCGGUCCUCUGGUCCUACCGUACAACCGAGCAAUCUUCCACUAAGGAGACCCCCUUUCGGUUAACGUACGGGCUAGAUGCGGUAAUACCUGUGGAAAUCGGAGAACCGAGCCCACGACUACUUUUGAAGGGAGUAGAGGAAGCUGUAGAGAAGGACCUGAUAGAUGAAGCCAGGGAGAUGGCCCACUUGGCUGAAACAGCGCUAAAGCAAAGAAUGGCCCUGCGCUACAACGCCAAAGCACUCAAAAGAAAGUUUGAAGCAAACGACCUCAUCUUAAGGCGCAACGACAUCGGCUUGCCGACCCCGGGAGAGGGCAAACUGGCAGCAAACUGGGAAGGGCCCUACAGAGUCAAAGAGGUGAUCGAUAAGGGCGCAUACAAGCUGGAAAAGCUCAAUGGCAAAGAGAUCCCGAGGACAUGGAACGCAGAUAACUUAAGAAGGUUUUACUCCUAA